AAAAAGAAAUUAAACGACUUGUUCAUCUCUUUCUGCAGUGAGUAAAAAAAAAACAAAGCAAAGGGACGAAAUGGCGGCGGCGAAAGCAACGGCGGUGGUUUUGCCACGGCCGGUAACGUUUGUGACCGGAAACGCAAAGAAGCUCGAAGAGGUCAAAGCCAUCAUCGGAAAUUCCAUUCCUUUCAAGUCUCUCAAACUCGACCUGCCUGAGCUGCAAGGUGAGCCUGAGGAUAUCUCCAAAGAGAAGGCUCGUUUGGCUGCUCUUCAGGUGAAUGGGCCAGUUCUAGUGGAGGAUACAUGCCUCUGUUUCAAUGCUUUGAAGGGUCUUCCUGGGCCAUACAUCAAGUGGUUUCUUGAGAAGCUUGGUCAUGAAGGUCUGAACAACUUACUGAUGGCCUAUGAGGAUAAAUCUGCAUAUGCAUUGUGUGCAUUCUCUUUCUCGCAUGGUCCUGGUGCUGAACCUCUUACAUUUUUGGGGAAAACUCCGGGUAAGAUAGUUCCAGCAAGAGGACCGACUGAUUUUGGGUGGGAUCCAGUGUUUCAACCGGAUGGAUAUGACCAAACUUAUGCAGAAAUGGCAAAGGAAGAAAAGAACAAGAUAUCUCAUAGGUACAAGUCUUUAGCAAUGUUAAAAUCUCACUUCAAGGAGGCUGGCUAUGUGUUCCAGACAACAGAUGGUGAUACCGUUUAAAAGAGAACUGAUUUGAGCAUUGAUUCUUGUUCCCUCUUCUAAGCUCUUUUGGUUGUAUCGUUCAUGAUGUUCUUUAUAUUCCCCGAUGGUGAGACUUGUAUGACGAAUCUGAUAAACCUUAUUCGACCAAAAGGAUAAAACAAAAUAUUGAA